CAAAGGAAAAGACAGAGCGGUCAGAUUCUGGUGAAAAGUGGAAAGGUCCUUCCGGGUGUCCGAUGGACGUAACACCGGCUUCUUCUUGAGCUGUCCUGGUUCAGUAAAGUAGAAGUGGCCCUGAUCGGCAGCCGCACGCUGCGUCGGAUAACUGGAUGGGGCAGAACAGGGGAGGGGGCAGGGUAACAGGCUACGCCCUCUACGCUUUUUAACUGUCCCCUUAUGCCCCCCCCCAAAAAACUUUAGCAGAGAGAAAACUUUGUUACAGGGUUGUUGAUGUUACUGGGUUAUUAAGCGCCACCUUUUGGUGUCGUGGAAGUCGCGUUUAAAAUGUCCAAAGGUCUGAUUGCUUAGUCAUUUUUAAGAGCGAGGAGCUGCCAAUUACACAACUUUGGUUUCUCCUCUUGCCGUGUGAGGAUCCCGGCGUGGGCUGGUCGCUGUGCGCGGUAGAGCUUUUAUUUAGAUUUUUAUUUCAGUUUUUUCUACUUUACCGGCUUUUUAAACCAUGUCAGCCACGCGUGUGCAGCUUCUGUCACCCAGAACCCUUCCGCUACUAAGCCCGGGGCGAGUCGCGCUGUUCUUACAAGGCGGUGGUGGACCGCAUCGGGGUGGCGUUGGUCCCCGGUUCCGCUCACUGACCUCUCCCCCUUUGUCCUGCUCCUCUUCUUCUCCUGGCAGAGCCUUGUCCAGUUUGAGCACUACGCGACGUGGACUUCCCAAAGAGAAGAUGUCCGAGAACGGGAUGAUGUCCCGGGCCAAGGUGUUGACCAUCGACACCAUGAACCCCACCGUGAAGAAGGUGGAGUACGCCGUGCGGGGGCCCAUCGUGCAGCGGGCCGUGGAGCUGGAGAGGGAGCUCAGUGAGGGAAUGAAGAAGCCCUUCGCAGAGGUCAUUAAGGCCAACAUUGGUGACGCGCAUGCCAUGGGCCAGCAGCCAAUCACUUUCUUCCGACAGGUAUUGGCGCUGUGCUCCUACCCUGAGCUGCUGAGUGACAGCACAUUCCCAGAGGAUGCUAAAAGUAGAGCAUGUCGCAUUCUGAACUCCUGUGGAGGAAACAGCAUGGGUGCCUACAGUGCCAGUCAGGGAAUAGAGUCUGUGCGUCAGGAUGUGGCUCGCUACAUCGAGAGGCGUGACGGCGGAGUGCCUUGCGAUCCGGACAACAUUUACCUCACCACUGGGGCCAGCGACGGGAUUGUGACCAUGUUGAAGCUGCUGGUGUGUGGCGAAGGAGCAAUGCGCGCAGGCGUCAUGAUCUCCAUACCUCAGUACCCCCUGUAUUCAGCUGCACUUGCUGAACUCAGUGCUGUGCAAAUCAACUAUUACCUUAAUGAGGAAAAGUGCUGGAGUCUGGACAUCAGUGAGCUUCAGCGAGCUUUGGAUGAGGCCAGGCUCUACUGCAACCCCCGAGCCUUGUGCAUCAUCAACCCUGGAAACCCCACAGGUCAGGUGCAGAGCAGAGAGUGCAUUGAGGAUGUAAUCCGAUUUGCUGCAAAAGAGCGUCUCUUCCUCAUGGCUGAUGAGGUUUACCAGGAUAACGUGUAUGCGGAGGGUUGCCAGUUCCACUCGUUUAAGAAGGUUCUGUUUGAGAUGGGGCCGGAGUACUCUGAAACAGUCGAACUGGCUUCGUUCCACUCCACCUCGAAGUGUUACAUGGGAGAGUGUGGCUUCCGCGGAGGCUACAUGGAGAUCAUAAACAUGGACGAUGAUGUAAAGGCCCAGUUGACUAAGCUGCUGUCGGUCCGUCUGUGUCCUCCUGUUCCUGGACAAGCUCUAAUGGACCUGGUGGUCAACCCCCCUCAGCCCGGGGAGCCUUCAUAUGAGCACUUUAUUAAGGAACGCACGGCUACGUUAAGUGCCUUAGCAGAGAAGGCCAAACUUACCGAGCAGGUACUCAAUACUGUGGAGGGCAUCCGCUGUAAUCCUGUGCAGGGUGCAAUGUACUCCUUUCCUUGCAUAACCAUACCUGAAAGGGCAAUUCAGGAAGCCAAGGAACUUGGUCAGCAGCCGGAUAUGUUUUACUGCAUGAAGAUGCUGGAAGAGACAGGAAUUUGCCUCGUUCCUGGAAGUGGUUUUGGCCAAAAGGAGGGAACGUACCACUUCAGAAUGACCAUCUUGCCACCAACAGAUAAGCUGAAGAUCCUGCUGAACAACGUUAAGGCGUUCCACCAGAGCUUCACCCAGCAGUAUUCUUAAAUUAAAGCAUCUAUUUUACCUCCACUUCAUAAAGACGAAACAUUGCCAACCACUAAAAAGUCUACACCAAUCAGAAUAUAUCUGUCUCUAAUAAGUGCCUUUUCUUCAAUGGUUUCUCUGGUGAUCCCUGUGACAAAGCACUUAUAAUCACGUACAUUUGGACUUUUACGGACCCAGUGUACAGGGGAACUGGAAAAAACAUACCUGGAAAUGAAAAAUAUACAGCACUGCAUUAGUUUUGGUGCACAAAGUGCAGCUUCCUGUAAUGUUUGUGAUGUUUAAUUUUCAAAGACUGUAAAUACGUCCUGUGUGCGACAGGGCUUAUAGUAACUGUUAAUGUGAAACCGAUAAAAAGGCAGUACAGCUUAAGAAAAAGGUAACGCAGCUUACAAAGUUGAGAAAAUGUAUAACUGGGUGAUUUAUGUCAUUCCUGCUGACUAAACCUGAUAGCAACGAUAUAAAGUCUCACUUGCAUGAAUAGGCAUUUAUUUUGUAAUGUAGUAAUAAAUGUAAAAACAUGUUUUAUGAGUUUAUGACCUUUUAAUAUGAGAAAAAAAUUAUUCAGAAUUUAGUUUACUUUUUUUGUUUACAUUAUUGAAAUUUUACAUUUUAUUUGUUGAAACACAAAUGAAGAGGAGUUGCAUUGGUUUACCUAAUUUCACCAAAUCUUGACAAACAAAUAUCAAAUUAGUUUACUCUUUUUUUUUUUUUUAUUGAAACAAAAUCCAGCAUGUUUCUCAUUUCAUGGUUUACUUUUUUAUUGUAUAUACUGGCCUGAAAGAGAAUGAUUCAUGUCAUUGCUUUAAGAUGAUGGGUUAAAUAUUAAACAUGACUGUAUUGAUGUUUUAAAGCAGUAACUCAUUUUCCUUUUUUUUUAUAAUUCGUUCAGUUUAAAGCAAACAAACUUGGUUUAAUGACCUACGCAGGGCUAUUGCUGCUUCAGCCUGAUUUGGGUCAGAAGCUGUUAAGGUUUCCAAGAAUCUCCACAACUGGGAUUAUUGUAGCACUUCACUGACUGUGUCUCCAUAUUAUCUCCUCCUGGUAGGAAGUGAAAGUGGUUUUCUUAACAGAAAAACUCAAGAAACACCUAGAAAUUCUUCUACUUUCACCCACCAUGCAGUUCACUGAUUCAUCUUUAAAGUGAAAGUUUUCAGUGAUUAUUAUUUUCUUUUUAAACACACAAUUGUCCAAAAGUCAAACUGUAAUUCAAGCAUUUUUUUUUUAUUUAGUUGUAAAGUUUUAGUUGCCCCGUUUGUUUCUUCUGUAUAUAAAUAAAUGAAAGAAUAACCCUAAGGGAAAAUCUUUUUUUAAAUAAAAAAAUGCAAUUUUCAAAACUAUUGCGUUUCAUCCUGCUACUUAAUAAGGUUAAAAAGCUUUUAGAUGUCUAAUGGAUCUGAACAUAACACAACUCUGGCUUGUUUUUGCCCAGACAGACGUAGGCUGGUUUGAGGUUUUUUACACUAUGAUAUCCUCGAGUAAAAACGAACUUAAUUAGUCAGGCUGUCUGCUCCUGUAGUGACACUGCAGUUUACUGCUUAUCAGAAAAACUUGUGGAAGUUUUCCAACUGUGCUUUUAAAACAGUGUUACUUCAAUAAGAGUGAAUGUUGGUGCUCCUCCGUGACUGGAAAUAUCUGCAAACACCCAACAUCUUUUCUUGUAAAAGAAUUGUUUAGGAGCUUUAUUUUGGCCAGCUGAGCAGCAGUGCACAGCAACAAAUUGGGAGGGAGCAAUGCUUUAUCACUAAAUGCUCCAUACAGCCAAGAAAACUCUAGUACCUCUGCCAAUUUAAAAAAGAAGGACUUUAAACCGUAAACACAGUAUGAUAGACACAUGUUUGGAAAUCAUAACUUAUUGAAAUUCUCCAAAGACCUUGAUACUGAUAAACAUCCCUAAAUGUCCAAAAUGCAUAUGAUGGUACUGUACUAAUUUCUAGCCUAUAUUUGCUGUAUAUUUAUAAUGCUGUCCAUGUUUUCUGUGUUGAAUGACUUGUUUUCAAGUACCUUUCAGGGUGCAAGCAUUACCAGCGGGUUUAUGCUGAAUGACCUUUAGCUUUUCUGGUUCCAGCAUCUUAACCUGGACACUUAAGCAAACUCAUGGACCUUUGACCCAAACCAAGGAGUUCCCCAUUUCCACAGAGAGAGGAAUGUACAUGCUCACCAUCACUGUUUGAGAACUUUGAAGAAGGAAGUGUUGCUGAGAUAAAACUCAAGAGAGAUAUCUUGAUGUGAACAGUGGAAAAGUAUCCAAGAUCAACAAGGAGAAAUGGUUUGAGAACAUUCUACUUGCCAAACACAGAGCUGUGUCUGUAUUAGCACUGUUAAAUGACACAAUUAAAACGUUUAAACAUGGCCAGAUGAA